UAAAAGCCAAUUAAGAGAGAAUCAUAUUUUUGACAUUUUUUUUUAUUUUGACAAGUUGUCAAAACAUUUUAUAACAUUUCUAUGAGUAUAGAUGAGAAUAUGUCAUAAUGUGAAAAUGAAUAUUGUGCGUACAGUGCCUCUAGUAUUUUUUCGAGGAAACUUCAAUACCAAGAUGGCUGUCCAUUACGUAUUAUUCAAAUAUUAUUCUCUUUUCGAUUGAAAUUUACAUAUAAAAUGAGAAUAAAAUAAUAAAUUAAUAAAAUAAUAUUUGAUAUAUUAAAAUAUUUAUUUUUAAAUAUUUCACAUAUAUGAAUGAGAGAAAAUGAAGGAUGAGUAUCAUUUCUCAAUAGAACAUAACGUAUAAUGGAGUGGCAUCACUAUGAUUUAACUAAUGUACGGUUAAUGUGAUGUAUUUUCUAUGUAUACGUAACGAUAAUAUCAUUAUUUUGCGCGAAAUAAUAUCGAAAAUAUAAAUCAUUUUCGUGAAUGUAUACUCGUAGAAUUUACAAAAGAAAUGAUAUUUAAUGAUUUUUCAAAUUCAUUAGAAAGAUAACAUCAUAGAAAUGACGCCAAAACGCAAAACUACUAGCUCGGAAUCUACUUCAUCUUCGAGUUCUGGCUCUUCAUCCAGUAGUUCCUCAAGUUCUGGCAGUGAAUCUAGUUCGUCUGAUUCAGAAAACUCCAGUAGUUCUAUUAAUAGUCAAAAAGCGUCUGAUUCGGAAAGAUCCAAAAAGAAGGUACCGUUUCCAGCCGCAAGACAUGUCAAAUCUAAAACUGAGCCAACUCCUACUACUACGGCAGAAAAUAAAAACAAGGAAAAAGUACAACCUAAGUCUAGACCAGUGGUUUAUUCAUCUGAAUCUGAAGAAUCACCCAGUAAGCUCAAAUCUGUGAAAAGAAAACUACCUGCCAAACCUAAAGCUACUGCUACUGUAGCACCUGUAGUUAAAGUUCAAAAACCGCCAACUAAACCAGCAUCUAAUGUUGCCCAACAUAAAAAUAUACCAGCUGCAAAGCCAAGCAAUAAACAAACCAAACUUUCAGUUUUAUUUGAUAAAACUUCAGGGCCUUCAGGAACAAAUAUAAAAGUAGCGGAUAAGUCUACGAAAAUUACAUCGGAACCGGUACAAAAGAAAUUAAAAAAGAAGAGUAUAUUUAGUCCUGAAAAUAGUAGUGAAAGUGACAAUGCUUCUCCACCAAAAAUAAAUGCGAUAAAAGCAGCGAACAAUACUGUAAAAUGUGCAAAAGCUCCACCUAAAAUAAAAACUGCUGAGCCCAAAAUAAAACCUACCAUACCAUCAAGACCUGCGCUAGUUGCUAAAACUCCGCAAAUCCAAAAGUCGGAUAGCUCGGCCAGUUCAAAGAGCUGUUCGGGUGGAUCAGGUUCCUCUGGUUCAACAGAUAGCAGUAGCGAUUCCGAUUCCUCGGAAAGCGUUACUAGUCCGCAAUCUCAACCUAAAAAGAAGGAUGUUCCACCACCUGUUACACAGAAUAUCACUACAAAUACACAACCAAAAAGACCAUCAGCAACAGUAGCACCAGUUAAACCUUUAAAAUGUACGAAGAGACAAGGUAGAAUAAAAAGUGAGGAUGAUGGUGAUGCAUCUGGCAGUGAUAAAGAAAUGGAUGACAAUAUAGAAGUGAGUUCUUCUAAAGGAACGGUUAAAGGCAAAAGGAAGUUACAAACUCGCAAAGGAAGCAAGCUAUUACAACUGCAAGCAAAAGCUGCUAGUGACUCAGAAUCAGAUACAGUAUGGUUCUCAGGUACGGAAACGAUAGAGCGUAAACGUAUCCUGCAAAUUCCACUGAUCCGGUGUGAUUUGUCGGGAGUAGCUGAAAGCAAGAGAAGUACGAGCAAGUCGCCAGUUAAGCGUGCCGGUCCUGGUCAAGGCGCUAGACAUUCAUCAUCCGCAGUGAAUAGAACGACACAGAGCAGUACUGGAUCUAAUACGGUCGCUAAUAGAACCGGACAAAACUCUUAUAAUCGCACACGUACUACCAAGGAAAGAGAAUGUCCAUUGGCAGCAUGCUGCGAUUCCCGAGGUCAUCUUUCUGGAAAACUGGACACGCAUUUUACCUUGGAAGCUUGUCCUUUGUAUCACAAUACUACGCCACAAAAUUGCAUAGAAUUCUACAAGGAAAGGAAGAAAAGGGAAGAAGAACGAAAGAAGUCGAUAGGCAAUCUUGCUAAAAAGUCACCUAAAGGAGGACAUCAGACAACCGAGCAACGUAAUUAUCAACUUAAGGUUAAAGAAAUGAGAAACAAAUGGAAGCCUCAUACCGGGGAAGAUAAUGGGAGUGACAGUGGUAACGAUCUUCCUGGAAAUGAAAAGGACAGACAACCGCGUUUAAAUAAUCUCACCUCGGAUUAUGAUCUGAAAUUAUUUAUGGAAGCUCAAGCAAUUGCCAGCGAAAAAAUAGAGAAAGAGUUAAAAGAAUUGGAUUAUGAUGGAGAAGGUAGAAACAGUGGUGGCACACGUUGUGUCGAAAUGGGAAAAUGGGAAAUGGAAGUUUGGUAUCAAAGUCCAUAUCCGGAAGAAUUUAGUCGUGCUCCUAAACUUUACCUUUGCGAAUAUUGUCUGAGAUAUGCUAAAAGUCGUCAGGUAUUAAGAAGACAUCGAGAAAAGUGUUUGUGGAGACAUCCACCGGGACAUGAGGUAUACAGAAAAGAUAAAAUUGGCGUCUGGGAAGUGGAUGGUAAACGUUACAAACAAUAUUGCCAAAAUUUGUGUCUCCUAGCAAAGUUCUUUUUGGAUCAUAAGACUCUUUACUACGACGUGGAACCAUUCCUCUUCUACGUGAUGACCAUAGGCGAUUCUGAAGGAUGUCAUACAGUUGGUUAUUUCAGUAAGGAAAAGAAUUCUUUCCUGAACUACAACGUUUCCUGUAUCCUGACGUUACCACCAUAUCAGAGACAAGGCUAUGGUAGACUUCUCAUCGACUUUAACAUCUUAAGAGAGAGAGAGAGAGAGAGAGAGAGAGAGAGAGAUAAGAAAUCAAUUGGCCAAAUCCCAGGAAGUAAGAUUCGAUAAUAAGAAAGAAAAUUGGGUGUUGUGUCUCUGGUGGAGACCUUAGGGAAUACAAUAAUUCGUGAAUUCUUGCUACUUGAAAAUAAAAAAAGAAAAAAAAAAAGAAAAACAGACAAGAAAAAAGAAAAGGAAAGAUAAAAGGGAUCUUUUAGGACACAAAAGAAAUUCUCUAUCUCUGUGAAAUUCCAUUGUGAAUCCUCGUCAAUGAUGAUCCUAGUGUCCAUUGGUCGUAGUUGUUUGUCGCAGUAACGAACAGUUUCUAAAGACCCCCUUCAAUCCCUCCCACUGCCUACUCCCUCUUUCCUUCUCUCUUUCUCUCUCUCUCUCUCUCUCGCUCUCUCUCUCUUUCUCUUUCUCUCUUCAGCGAAUCGUAGCGUAGAUAAUUAAACGUGGGCUUUUUGCCGUGACGUCAUUUUCAUUGAUGCCGUCGAGGCAUGUUGGGAGGGAGAAACAGUGAUGAGGGAAAGGAGGAGAGAUAAACGGGAGGGGGUGAGGUUUGUGUGGGUCGACGUACUACCAAGGGAGGAUUAGAGUUGCGGAUGGGGUGGUGGUUCCGCAGGGUUUGCUGCAGAGAGAAAGAGAGAGAGAAAGAGAGAGAAAGAGAGGAAGAGAGAUAGAGUGGCGUAGGAACCUGGUAAAAUCGUUGGGUUAACGUUGGUGUAUUGGAAGGAGUGUAUGGUCGAGAUACACACUGUAGUUAUAUCGGUAUUGGUAUAUACUGAUGUAGAGAAAGAAAGAGAGAGAGAGAGACAGGGAGACAGAGAGAGAGAGAGAGAGAGAGAGAGAGAGAGAGAGAGAGAGAGAGAGAGAGAGAGAGAGAAAGGAACCCGGUAAAAUCGUAGCAUAGUCUGGGCUACAGCGACGACAACACAUUGAUGUAUUAGAAGUGGUGUAUGUGUAGUCGAGAUACAGUGUUAGUAUUGGUAUUGGUGUUGUACAGAGAAAACGAGAGAUAGAGAGGGAAGUAGAGUGGCGUAGGAACCGGGUGAAAUCGUAGCAAAGUCUGGGAAACGUCGACGUCAACGUAGAUGUAUUGGAAGUGGUAUAUGAUCGAGAUAUUGUAGUAGUAGUGGCUUGGUGGUAUACUGGAGUGGUUAGCAGGAGCAGCAGGAGCAGCAGCAGCAGCAGCAGCAGCAGCAGCAGCAGCAGCAGCAGCGGAAAGUGCGACGCCCGGCGUCUCGCCGCAUCGAUCGACUACCAACCCCCACCAUACAGCAUCAGCACAGGCCUUGCGGAUUCGCACGAACGCGCAGUCAAACACAGAAGGGCGACCACUGAGGGUGUACUACGCGUUUACUAGAGUGAGAGAGAUAGAGAACCCAGACACGCAAAGUGUCCGUCUCGUUUCCCUUCCCACCUACCCUUUCGACGCAACCCAGCCAGACUCUACCUUUCUCUCUCUCCCUUUCUCUCUCUUUCUCUCGUCGGUACUUGCGUAGGGAUCGCAAUCGUAUGACCUCCCGUGACCUCGCACCACUAGUCCCUCUUCUAGGGUUGGUUGCCGUAGGUAGGGUUGGCAGGCCCACCACCAACGCCCUCUUUUCCUUCUUCUCAUGUAGGACUAAGAGAAGGAGGAGUCUUCUUCUUCUUCUUCUUCUUCUUCUUCUUCUUCUUCUUCUUCUACUUCUACUACUACUACUACUACUACUACUACUAUUACUACUACUACUUCGAUUUUCUACCUCCAUCAUUCAUUCUCUUCCUACUAUCCAACGAUUCCAAAAGUCUGCAAACUAAACGGACGCGUAAUGAAUGCGUUCAACCCUCCCGAAGUAAUCGUUGGAAUGGGAAUCAGAGGGAGAGAAGCCAGAAACAAGGUGGUUCUGAUGGUGAUGCUGUUUGGAGGGAGGAUUGUCCUCUCUUUCUCUCUCUCUCUCUCUCUCUCUCUCUCUCUUGUCUCUCUUGAGCCUGUGGGAGUUUGCACGGACCAGGAAGACGCAGGAGGAAGAGGAGGUACUCAGUAUGGUCGUUGAACCUCCCAGUCUCCAGGACAUCCCGGAAUAGGACCGGUCCUGCUAUCUCUCUCUCUCUCUCUCUCCCUCCCUCCCUCCCUUCCUCUCUCUCCCCCUCCCUGUCUUUCUCUUUUGCUUGUUCCUACUUCAUCGCAGGGGUUCCUAUGUUUCCCUUAUCCACUGUGUAUAUAUAUAUAUAUAU